AAAGACUUCAGCGGACCGAAGAGAUGCAAUCUACAAAUUAGCUUCGGUUCAAAGCUCUUGCGCCUCUAUCAAUCGGAAGCAAGCGAAGGCCCAAACAAAUCUUUGGAUGUACCAAACCCAGUAGCCAAGAUUGAACUUUGGCAUCAUUUUGAUUCUAGCGAUUAAUCUGUUCUUCUACAGCUGGAGCCACCGGUCGCGGUCUAGAACCAUCAAGGAUGCAUAGAAGCCCUCUCCCUUCAACAAAGACACAAAACUAGAACUCCCAUAGUCCGAAGUUCUUCGAAUUCAGCCGAAUCGAAAUCCUGUCAGACACUGUGGAUGAAAACUCUAAUACUAUGUUUGCUGACAUGAACGAAUUUAAUGUGGU